CCAACCAAUAUGAUAUCGCUUCGCUCACAAACUCAAACUUGGAGAAACGAACGUAGUUGCAUUGAUAACUCGGUCAACUCAUCUCAUUUACUGCCAACCUCAACUCAGUGGCCAACCAUGGCUUCUCUCCACACAAUUUCUUCCCAUAGUCUCCUUCCUCUUUACAAAUCCAAAAAUCCCACCUCAAAAACCCUUCCCAGCUCUCAUUUUCUCGGGUCAAAAUUUCCUCAGAGCCCAAUUUUCUCUAGAAGCAAACUGAGAGCUGAGAGCUGGCUCUUGAACUCUGUUGUCCAAGAAGAGCUUGAUGUUUUACCAGUACAGAGCGGAGACACCACGGACCAGCAGGAAGGGGUGGUUGUGAGUCAGUUAGAGAGCGAAGGGACCGAGUUGGCGACUCAGGUGAGCGGGUUUGCAUCGAAUGAGGGGCAGCUGUCUUUUGAAGGUUUCUCUUCUGCCUCUAGUUCUGGUAUUGGAGAUGAUGGAGGGAGACAGAGCGAAUUGGAAAUGGAUAGGUUAAUCGAUAGGACCAUAAAUGCAAUGAUUGUUCUUGCUGCGGGUUCUUAUGCCAUAACCAAGUUGCUUACAAUUGAUCAUGAUUGCUGGCAUGGGUGGACCAUUUUUGAGAUAUUAAGAUAUGCCCCUCAACAUAAUUGGACUGCUUAUGAGGAAGCUCUUAAGACAAAUCCGGUUUUAGCAAAAAUGAUGAUUAGUGGAGUGGUCUAUUCUGCAGGGGAUUGGAUUGCACAGUGCUUUGAAGGUAAACCGCUCUUUGAGUUUGAUCGAGCACGAAUGCUUAGAUCAGGCCUCGUUGGUUUUACAUUACAUGGCUCCCUUUCACAUUACUAUUACCAGUUUUGUGAGGAGCUUUUUCCAUUUCAAGACUGGUGGGUGGUUCCUGCCAAAGUAGCCUUCGACCAAACUGUAUGGUCAGCAAUUUGGAACAGCAUUUAUUAUACAAUAUUGGGAUUCCUGCGUCUGGAAUCCCCAGCCAACAUUUUUAGUGAAUUAAAGGCUACAUUCUGGCCAAUGCUAACAGCAGGGUGGAAACUUUGGCCUUUUGCUCAUCUUAUUACAUAUGGUGUGAUCCCAGUAGAACAAAGGCUUCUUUGGGUGGACUGUGUGGAACUUAUUUGGGUGACAAUACUCUCAACAUAUUCAAAUGAAAAAUCAGAAGCAAGAAUAUCUGAGACUCCAGCAGAAGCUAGUUCCAAUUCUUUGUUGAAAGGCCCCCCUGAGGUAUAUGAAGAAACUGUUUAAUGCUGAUGAUUACAGAUGCACAAUCAGCCGCUCAUGAGAAGUACUAAUGUUCU